GCUAUUGAGUUCGCAUGCCUGAAUGUCAAGGUCAUAGCCGUGUUUGGUUUUCGGCACGCAUUUAAAAUAUACGUCAAACUGAUGUUUAUAUGUUGUUUUACUUUAUUGUUCACGGUGGUUACAGCAGAAGAGUUUCAUUACUCAGUUCAUAGCAAACUCCCUGCGGAACAUGUACAGUCACUGGUUGAGAAAGAAAAUGGACGGGUUCAUCAUUACGUGGACACGGUUGAGGCCUAUCACGUUGUGUUGCCGGUCAAACUGGAACCCGUAACACUGUCGAAAAUUACUUGGUUAAAGAAUACGAUUCUCAGCUGGAUGAACUGUCACAACUACAUGCGGCUCCAUGAACACCCAGAAGUUUUGUUGGUUUACCAACCCACAUUACGUGUGACUAAAAGAUCACUGGCCGCGUAUACCAGAACACCACAGUUGGACCUUUCGCGCUAUACCUUAAGGGAAAUUUCGAGGAAACCAGUUAGAAUGCUCCAUCCGGACGACGCAAAUUACGAUAAAGCCUAUGAUGCUUUAGCUACGAUACUCAAAGAAGCGAUCAGUUUCAAUGAUCCUGCCUCAGCGUAUGUAUGGCAGUAUCUAAACGACGGACACCGCGGAAGUGGAAUCAUUGGAUUCGACAUGAAUAUCUACCCACUCUAUGCAAGGAACCUUACAGGCAAGGGAAUUCGCACCUUAAUUCUGGAUGAUGCAAUUGACCGUCUACACUGGGAUUUAAAAGAUAAUUACGACGGCGACAUUUCAGUAAAUCUGAAUGAACCUCAAUUCAGAACAGAUCCCCGUGGAAGCCAUGAGAUAAUGAAACUUGAUGAUAGCCACGGAACUCAGUGUGCAGGUCUGAUUGCCGCCGUGGCAAACAAUGGCAUUUGCUCGCACGGAGUAGCCUAUCAGUCAAAAGUUGGUGCUGUACGGAUGCUUGCGGGACCUGUGACGGAUAUUUUGGAAGCAAACGCCUUAUCAUACCGCCAGGAAGUGGUGGAUAUCUACUGCGCUUCAUGGGGCCCUAGUGACGAUGGGCAGACAAUGGAUCUACCAAGAAACCUGACAGGAGCAGCACUUGCUAGAGGAUCUCAGUAUGGACGCGGAGGACUUGGUUCGAUUGUUAUCUACGCAUCUGGAAAUGGCGGAUCGGUCGAUCACUGUGGUGCAGACGGAUUUGUCAGCUCUCCCGAAAUUAUCGCAGUCGCGGCACUCACCGACGAAGCCGAUCAGCCCUUGUAUGGAGAAUCUUGUUCGGCCACAAGAAUAGCUGUACCUGUUGCCGGAUCAAGUAUCUUUGUUACAAGCGGGAGUAAUAUUCUGCCUAGUACAACGUUAAACAAUCAAUGUACCAUGCAUUUUGUGGGGACCUCUGCCGCUGCACCUUUGGCCGCCGGUUGCUUUGCUUUAGCUCUCGAAGUGAGGUCAAAUAUCUCAAAGCGAGACCUGGAAAAUAUUCUACCAUGGAGCGGCAGGGUGCCAACUCCCGUAGACAAAGACUGGCAAGUCAACGGAGCCGGUAUACUGCACAGCCCGAGUGCAGGAUUCGGUCUGCUUGAUUGUACACGCAUGGUACAUUUGACACAAAUGUGGAGACCGGUCGGUCCGUUGUGCAGAAGGAAAGUGAAGCUGGGUGAACCUGAAGUUACUCCAUGGGCCGAAUAUCAGGAUGCGAUUUUCAAUGAUUCGCACUUCCAUCAGCUGAACGCAACAACUCUGGGGAGCUUUCGGGAACAACUGAAAGAACUUCAGAAGAGGCCGAUGGACAGAUCAGAGGCUGUGGAUAUAAACUUCGAUCUAGAAGAAAAGCCCAGGGAUUCAUGCGAACUAGAAGUGGUCGAAAAGGUCACUGUUUCAUUUCAGUGGAAGCACAUGUGCCGAGGAAUGAUCGAUAUCGAACUGACGAGCCCUUCUGGAACCCAUGCAACCAUUUUGGGUCAUCGACGUUUGGACCAGUUUGCUGGAGCCGUUAACAUGACCGUCAAUUCCGUCACGUUUUGGGGUGAGCGGCUUCAAGGCAAAUGGCAAGUUAAGAUACAGUCAAAUGGAGAGUGCAAUAAUGGCUAUGUCAACCAACUCGAGGGUCAACUGGGGACGCUUGUCUUCUUGCAGCUAGAAUUUUGGGGCUCCACCGUAAGUGGCAGUGCAUUUGAACGUAACAAAGACCUCCUCAUGCCAUUCAUAACCGAUGUGAGCAAAGGAGCAAUGCGAACAGGCAGAGGGCAUCUUCUGACUGACACUGAGGUUAAGGAGACGUUCAACUCACAACGAUGGAUGGCGCUGAAGCAUACAAAACAAUUUCUGCAGCCCCGGGACCCACAUCAUGAAGUCACAAGUUUAAUGGCUCAUCGAUCAAAGAAUUUUCAGAUAAAAGUUUCACUCAUUGGGAAUUUCGAUGGAUAUUUCAUCCUGUCAGUGAAGCACAUCUGUGCUCAGAAGUACUGUCCAGCUGUCUCAUCCAUUUUUUGA